UCUCAUUCUCUCUCUCUCAAAUAAAUAAAUAAAAUCUUAAAAAAAAAAAGAAGGUUAAAACAGACAAGGUACAGAUGCAAAGUUAUGGGCAGAGGGCUGGGCUCAUGGUUGGUGCAGUGUUUUUGUUCUAAUUUCUGGUCAGCAGUAGGAGAAUAAAGGUGUAAGUGGGUAAGAACACGGGUGUUUUUGAAACGCAUGAGUAAUCUCCGAGGGACUUUUUGGCUGGUUCCUGCCGCUAGAUCUGGCAAACUGCAGGCUUGGAGGGUGGGCAAAGGCCAAGCAGGCUGGGAGGGUGGGCCAGAGCCCAGCAGGAAUGGGAGGGAGCAAGUGCAAAGAGUGUCUCCUCUGUAUUUAUUCGCCAAACAAUGGCUGAGGUACACUACUGGGUACCAGGCACAAGGUUCUAGAAUGGGUACUGGGAAGAGCCAAUAAUAGUAGUGGUAGUAAUGAUGACACUUAGUAAGAGCCAACACUUACACACUCCUUAAUAGCAUGUAAUCAUUUUUUUUUUAAAGAUGUUAUUUAUUUAUUUGACAGAGAGAGACACAGAGAGAGAGGGAACACAAGCAGGGGAAGUGGGAGAGGGAGAAGCAGGCUUCCCGCAGAGCAGGGAGCCCGAUGCGGGGCUCGAUCCCAGGACCCUGGGACCAUGACCCGAGCCGAAGGCAGACGCCCAACGACUGAGCCACCCAGGCGGCCCAAGGGAGUCCCAUUUCUUAAGAAGAAUUGGAAAUAUGUUUUGGGGGAACACGUAGCAGUCUCUGCCACACCACAUCCAAGCACACAGCUAAGCAGAGAUCACCUUAUUGAAUCCUCAUGACAGAAACAGUCACCAUUAUCAUCUCAUUUUACAGAUGAGGAAACUGAGGCUCAGAGAGGUGAAGUCACUGGCCCAGGUCACACAGCUGGUAGGGAGGCAUAGUCAAGACUGGAGUUGGAUGCUGAAGCUAUAACGUACAGACUUUUUCUGUGAGGAAUUCAAUCACUGUUCUGAGAUUUGACUGCAGAUGUGGCACACACAGGGUUUAGAUGUGAUUCCUUGGGAUCUAGAGAACCCAGUUGGACUCUAGGGGGAGAACUCGGGGCAGAGCCAAGGGUUCUGGCAUCCUGCUCCCUUCCCCUGAUCCAUUAGGGCACUGGCUGGGGGAAGGCACAGAAUAGUUCAGUUCAAGCACAUCUGGGACCCCCUCGGUGCCAAGCUGGGCAAGCAGGGGUGGAGAUCCUGGCCUAGUGGGUGUUUGUGACCUCCCCCCUGCUCUGGUUAUGGGUGUGCAGCCUACAGAGGGGACUUCUGGAGGGUGUCUGGAGGUGGGAAAAUGAGAGUCCCAGAGUUUUGUAGUGACAGCUCUCUGCCCCUGGCCGAGCUCACUUCUGCCUAAAUUUGGCCUUGGUUGCCAUGGCAACUUGGUGGCACUUACCUUUUUGGCCUGGUGCCCCGUUUCCUGGCUUUCCAUUUGCAGAGCUGAUUUCCUAGUUGAGGUGAGGGGUGCAGCCUGACUGAUGUGCGUUUAUGUAGCACGUGCUGCAUUCCUGGGUCUGACCUAGACAGAGGAGUAGAGUCUUAGAGGGAAAAUGCCUGGCCUCGCCUUGGAGCACUUACUGGGGGGCUGCCUGGCCCAAGUAGACUGAGCUCUGGGUUUACCACUUCCCUGGGGCAUGUCGCUUUGAAUGGGUGAGAACUCUAACCUCUCUAAGCCUUGGUUUUCUCAUCUGGAAAUGGGUUGUGGUGGGGAUUUAUUUUUUUUUUGAAAAUUUUACGUUUUUAUUUUUUUUUUAAAGAUUUUAUUUAUUUAUUCAUGAGAGAGAGAGAGAGAGAGAGGCAGAGGGAGAAGCAGGCUCCCAAGGAGCAGGGAGCCCGAUGCGGGACUCGAUCCCAGGACCCUGAGAUCAUGACCUGAGCCGAAGACAGACGCUUAACCAUCUGAGCCACCCAGGUGCCCUGUGGUGGGGAUUUAAUGAGAUAAUGCAAGUAUGCCUCCUCCGGGACAUGGCACUUAGAGGAGCCACAGGAAGCAGGACUGAUGCUAAUGGGAACAGGAACAGCAGCUGCGGUCUGCUCAUCGCUCACUCCGAGCCCGCUGGGGUUCAAACCCCCUUACACCUUUCAACCCACUGGAUCCUCAGUGACUCUGUGUGGUAGGGGCUCUCAGUCACAUUCUAGAGAUGAGGAACUGAGGCUCAGAGAGGUACCUAGUCCAAGGUCAGACUGCUGAGGAGCGAGGAGUGCUGGGACAGGGAAGGAGAUAAACAGUUCCAUGCGCGCUGGGACUCCCAUGUGACCGCAGGUGAUGCGGCUCAGUCCAGAGUUUCAGGCCUAACUGCUCCAGGCCCGCCUCAUUGCUGCAGGGCAAGGAACCAUGAGAGGUGGUGGGUGGACCUCUGGCCCUGGGGUACAGGGACUGUCCAUUUGGAUUUUUCAACUGAGUGAAGUCGAUAUUUAUCGAAUGCUCACUAUGAACCUGACACUGAGUCACAUGCUCUUUGUGCCCACGCGGUUUUUGGUUUAAUCUCCCAGACAACUCCAUGAGAUGGGUGCCAGUUACUAUCCGCAUCUUACAAGGAGACAAUGAGGUUCAGAGAGGCAAAGUUGCUUUCUCAGAAGCACACAGCCUGUGUGUGUGGUGGGGAGUGGGGGUGAGGGGAUGACGGGAUUCAGAUGGCUUGGUGUGGGCGAUUCCACAGCCUGCGAUCUUGGCCCUGAACCUGUUGUGGGAAAGAUGUCAUCCCAGCACCCUGGGAAUACAGGUUUAGCAAAUCACGUGGCCGCCAUCUGGGUCACCAAAGAAGGUCUAAGACUGGCCUUUCCCGCCUCCUGAUACUGACCCCACCCCCUAGGCUUGGAGGGCUCUAGGACCCAGCAGCUGGGGAGGGUGGACAGUGUGUGUGUGUGUGGGGGGGAGAGUUGUGGGGGGGGUCCUCAGCUCCAGGGCCCUCCUCCUCCCUCUCUCCAUCCUUUCCCUUUCUCCCUACCUCCUCCCCUCCUUCGUCCCCUCCCCCUCUUCAUCCCUCCUCUUCCCUCUUCCCUCCCCUCCUCUCCUUCCCCGACCCCUCCCCCUCCCUCAGCCCCUCCCUCCUCGGUGGUCACAUGGGGGCACCACCGGAUUUAAGCCUAAUCUGCCCUGUGCUCAGCACAGCGGUCUGGCUGUGGGAUGGGUGAGCUGAGCUGGUCUGUGGGGCCCUGGAGAAGGGCCUGGAGGGGGGUGCCCACAGCUUGCGCCCCAUGAGUUUGGGGCUGGAGGGACCGUUGGAGGACCAGCCAGCACUGGAGACCGUUAUCCAGGUGGGUCCUGAGGCCUGAGCCCACCCUGUCCAGGGCAGGGGAGCGUGGGUCUAGCAGGAGUGGAUGAGUGGUAGGUGCAUCUUGGGGUCAUGGGGUGGGAGAGGUGGGUUUGGGGUGCACAGGGGCCCCAGCUUGCAGCUCCCAGCCAAACUGGGGGGUAGAGCGGGUGCUCAGGGCUCAACUGCUAUGGCUCCCUUAUCCCUGUGCUCCGUGGGGAAAAGGGGAUCCCUCCUCCCAGAUUUAAGGGUUGAGGUGACCUCUGCUAGCACAGUGGAAUCCCCAUCCAUGUAGGGCUGGAGCUGGACUGGAGCCCCCGACACUGUGCUGCCUGGAUGGGGUUUGUGAGUGGGCCAUGCGGUUUGGUUCACUUCUCUGGUCCUUGGUGGGGCCUCCUUCCUGGGGCAGGGGGCACAUAGAGAGCCUUCCCAUGGGGCUGUUUGCCAUUCUAACUCCCAGGCUUCCCUCCGUUUGGCAUUUCCUGAGGGUCUCCUGGGCACCCACAUCUUGGGCCGCAGGACUUUUUUCCUCUCCCACGCAGGGGAGCCCAGGGUCCCAGGUCCCCUUCAGAGCCUCUCUCCCCCCGCCCUUCCCCCAGACCCUGGAGAGCAGCGUCCUGAGAGCAGGCCAGGAGAAGGGCCUGAGUGUGCAGGACCCAGCCCAGGACCAUCCCAGGACCGCUCGCCUGCCUGCCUGCAUCAGAGAGAUUGUUACCCGCAACCUCUCCCAGCCUGAGAGCCAAGCCCCGCUGCCGGCCACAGAGAUGGCAUCCAUGCUGUCACUGCAGGAGGAAAACCAGCUGCUGCAGCAGGAGCUGUCCCGCGUGGAGGACCUGUUGGCCCAGAGCCGUGCGGAGCGUGAUGAGCUGGCCAUCAAGUACAACGCGGUCAGCGAGAGGCUGGAGCAGGCUGUGCGGCUGGAGUCUGGGGAGCUGGAAACGCCCGAGCCCAGGGGGCUGGUACGGCAGAGCGUGGAGCUGCGGAGGCAGCUGCAGGAGGAGCAGGCCUCCUACCGGCGCAAGCUGCAGGCCUACCAGGAAGGCCAGCAGCGGCAGGCCCAGCUGGUGCAGCGGCUGCAGGCCAAGACCCUCCAGUACAAGAAGAAGUGCUCGGAGCUGGAGCAGCAGCUGGUAGAGAGAUCCACAGAGCUGGAGCAGCAGCGGCUGAGGGACACCAAGCGCAGCGGCGACCUGGAGAGCGCCCUCGUCCGCCUGGAGGAGGAGCAGCAGAGGAGUGCCAGCCUGGCCCAGGUGAACGCCAUGCUCCGAGAGCAGCUGGACCAGGCGAACUCGGCCAACCAGGCUCUGAGUGAGGACGUGCGCAAGGUGACUAUCGACUGGACAUGCUGCCGUAAGGAGCUGGAGCAGCGGGAGGCGGCGUGGAGGCGUGAGGAGGAGUCCUUCAACACCUACUUCAGCAACGAGCACAGCCGCCUGCUCCUCCUCUGGAGGCAGGUUGUGGGGGUCCGUCGGCUGGUCAGCGAGGUGAAGAUGUCCACCCAGAGGGACCUGCUGCACUUGGGAGGGGAGCUGGCCCGGACCUCAAGAGCCAUCCAGGAGGCAGACCUGGGGCUGAGCACCGGCCUGCGGCUGGCUGAGAGCCGGGCCGAGGCGGCCCUGGAGAAGCAGGCACUGCUGGAGGAGGAGCUGCGGGACAGGGUGCUCCAGGAGAAGGACCUGACCCAGCUGCAGGUGCAGAGCAACGUGGACAAGGCCAAUCUCAGUGCCAGAGUAACAGAGCUGGCCCUGACAGUGGAGCGCCUUCAGAACCAGAAUCUGGAGAAGGAUCGGGUCAACAAGGCCCUGACCGAGAAGCUUGAGGCCCUGGAAUCCCUGCGGCUCCAGGAGCAGGCGGCCCUGGAGACAGAGGACGGAGAGGGGCUGCAGCAGACCCUGAGGGACCUGGCACAGGCCGUCCUGUCGGACAUGGAGAGCGGUGUCCAGCUAAGCGGCUCCGAGCGCACGGCGGACGCAUCGGACGGCAGCCUGCGGGGGCUCUCGGGCCCCCGGACCCCCUCCCCGCCGCGGCGCUCCUCGCCCGGCCGCGGCCGAUCCCCGCGCCGAGGCCCAUCCCCCGCCUGCUCCGACUCCUCCACGCUCGCCCUGAUCCACUCGGCCCUGCACAGGCGCCAGCUGCAGGUCCAGGACAUGCGUGGGCGCUAUGAGGCCAGCCAGGACCUCCUGGGCGCCCUGCGGAAGCAGCUCAGUGACAGCGAGGGUGAGCGCCGCAGCCUGGAGGAGCAGCUGCAGCGUCUGCGGGACGAGACCAGCGGGGCCACCCAGGCUCAUGAGGAUGCCCAGCGCGAGGCCCAGCGUCUGCGGAGCACCAUCGACCUUCUGAGCAGGGAGAAGGAUGGCCUGGCCUGCAGCCUGCAGGCGGCCCAGCAGCAGGCCGAGGAGCUACGGCAGGAGCGGGAGAAGCUGCAGGCGGCCCACGAGGAGCUGAGGCGCCAGAGGGACCAGCUGGAGGAGGAACGGGAGGACAGGGUGCAGGACUGUGCGCAGACUCGCCGGGAACUGGAGCGCAGCCCCAUUUCAGGAAACCAGGGAGGUAGAGUCACGCCCCUGGGAUCAAGGACUGCUAUGAGCCACAGACAGCUAGAGCGGCUGGAGGUGAAGCGCUCAGGGCUGGCGAAGGAGCUGGUGGAGGUGAGGGAGGCCCUGAGCUGUGCCACGCUGCAGCAGGACAUGCUACAGGCCGAGAAGGCCGAGGUGGCUGACGCGCUGACCAAGGCGGAGGCCGGCCGCGUGGAGCUUGAGCUCUCGGUGACCAAGCUGAGAGCAGAGGAGGCCUCUCUGCGGGACUCCUUGUCCAAGCUGAGUGCCCUCAACGAGAGCCUAGCGCAGGACAAGCUAGGUCUGAACCGCCUUGUCGCCCAGCUGGAAGAGGAGAAGGCAGCGCUGCUGGGCCGGCAGCGGCAGGUGGAACAGGAGGCCUCCUUGGCGCGGGAGGAGCAGGAGCGGCUGGAGCAGCUGCGGCUGGAGCAGGAGGUGGAGCAGCAGGGCCUGGAGGGCUCCCUGCGGGUGGCAGAGCAGGCCCGGGAGGCCCUGGAGCACCAGCUUCCCACGCUGCGCCAGGAGCGCUGCCGGCUGCAGGAGCAGCUGACCCAGCUGUCCCGGCAGCUGAGCGGGAGGGAACAGGAGCUGGAGCGGGCACGGAGGGAGACGCAGCGGCAGGCCGAGGCGCUGGAGCGGGCAGCCCGGGAGAAGGAGGCGCUGGCCAAGGAGCGGGCCGGCCUCACGGUGCAGCUGGCGGCAGCGGAGCGAGAAGGCCGGACCCUGUCGGAGGAGGCCUCUCGCUUACGCCUGGAGAAGGAAGCCCUGGAGAGCAGCCUGUUCGAGGUGCAGCGGCAGCUGGUGCAGCUCGAGGCCCGCCGAGAGCAACUGGAAGCCGACGGGCAGGCCCUGCUGCUGGCCAAGGAAGCCCUGACUGGGGAGCUGGCGGGCCUACAGCAACAGAUGACAACUGCAGAGGAGAAGGCAGCUCUGGACAAGGAGCUGAUGGCCCAGAAGCUGGUGCAGGCUGAGCGGGAGGCCCAGGCCUCUCUGCGGGAGCAGCGGGCGGCCCACGAGGAGGAUUUGCAACAACUCCAGCGAGAGAAGGAGGCAGCCUGGCGGGAGCUGGAGGCCUCGCGGGCCCAGCUGCAGAGUCAGCUACAGCGGGAGCGGGAAGAGCUGCUGGCACGGCUGGAGGCCGAGAAGGAAGAGCUGAGUGAAGAGAUCGCUGCGCUGCAGCAGGAGCGGGAUGAGGGCCUCCUCCUGGCCGAGAGCGAGAAGCAGCAGGCCCUGUCCCUGAAGGAGUCAGAGAAGACAGCACUGUCAGAGAAGUUGAUGGGCACACAGCACAGCCUGGCUGCCAUCUCCCUAGAGAUGGAACGGCAGAAGAGAGACGCUCAGAGCCGGCAGGAGCAGGACCGGGUAGGGCAGGCCAUGCAGAGCACCGUGAAUGCCCUGACGUCCGAGCUGCGGGACCUACGGGCCCAGCUUGAGGAGGCUACUGCUGCCCACGCCCAGGAGGCCAAGAGGCUGCAAGAACAGGCCCAAAACCUGCACAGGCAACGGGAAUCCUCCGCGCGCGAGGCAGAAGAGCUUCGGACGCAGCUGCGCCUGCUGGAGGAUGCCCGGGAUAGGCUGCGGCGGGAGCUGCUGGAGGUUCAGCGCAAGGUGCGCGAGGGUCAGGACGGCCAUGAGGCCCAGCGCCAGGAGGCCAGCGAGCUUCGGCGCAGCCUGAAUGAGGGUGUCCAGGAGCGCGAGGCCCUGCGGCGGUCCAACGAGGAGCUGCGGGCAGCCGUGAAGAAGGCCGAGAGUGAACGGAUCAGCCUGAAGCUUGCCAAUGAGGACAAGGAGCAGAAAUUGGCGCUCCUCGCGGAGGCGCGGGUGGCCGUGGGCAAGGAGGCCGAGGAGCUGCGGGCUGGGCUGCAGGAGGUGGAACGUUCUCGGCUGGAGGCCCGCAGGGAACUGCAGGAGCUCCGGCGGCAGAUGAAGAUGCUGGACAGUGAGAACGGCAGGCUGGGCCGGGAGCUGGUGGAGGUUCAGGGCCGCCUGACACUGGGCGAGCGGGCGGAAAAGGAGGGCCGGCGGGAGGCCCUGGGCCUCCGACAGAAGCUGCUGAAGGGCGAGGCCAGCUUGGAGGCCAUGCGGCAGGAGCUCCAGGGGGCCCAAAGGAAGCUGCAGGAGCAAGAGGGCGAGUUCCGGGCCCGCGAGCGAGGCCUGCUGGGCUCCCUGGAGGAGGCGCGCGGCGCCGAGAAGCAGCAGCUGGACCACGGCCGCAGCCUGGAGCUGAAGCUGGAGGCGGCGCGGGCCGAGGCCGCGGACCUGGGGCUGCGGCUGAGCGCGGCCGAGGGCCGGGCGCAAGGCCUGGAGGCCGAGCUGGCCCGCGUAGAGGCGCAGCGGCGCGCGGCCGAGGCGCAGCUGGGCGGCCUGCGCUCAGCCCUGCGUCGGGGCCUGGGCCUCGGGAGGUCCCCAAGCCCGGCCCCGCUGCCCUCGCCCGGCUCCCCCGCCCGGAGCGCGCCAGCCGGAGGAAGUGGCGAAGGGCUCAGCAGCCCCAGCCCCUUGGAACGCAGCCCUGGGUCUGAGCCACCAUCCCCCGGACCUGCCACCUCCCCGGCAUCUUCAGACCUGGACCCCGAGGCAGUGCGAGGGGCCCUCCGGGAAUUCCUGCAGGAGCUGCGGGAUGCCCAGAGACAACGGGAUGAGCUUCAGGCCCAGAUGAGCACCCUGAGUCGCCAGCUGGCCGAGAUGGAGGCCGAGAGGGACAAUGCGACGUCACGGGUGAGGCAGCUGCAGAAGGCUGUGGCCGACAGUGAAGAAGCCCGGCGUGGCGUGAGCGGACGGCUGAGCGGGGUGCAGGCGCGGCUGGUGCGCCAGGAGGAGAGCGUGCGCCGCAGCGAGCGGGAGCGCCGGGCCGCCCUGGGCCAGGUGGCCGCCUUGGAGAGGAGCCUGCAGGCCACGGAGAGCGAGCUCCGGGCCAGCCAGGAGAAAGUCAGCCAGAUGAAGGCCAAUGAGGUGAAGCUGGAGAGCGACAAGCGGCGCCUGAAGGAGGUGCUGGACGCCUCUGAGAGCCGCACCAUCAAGCUUGAGCUGCAGAGGCGCUCGCUUGAGGGGGAACUGCAGCGCAGCCGCCUGGGCCUGGGUGACCGUGAGGCUCAGGCCCAGGUCCUCCAGGACCGGGUGGACUUCCUGCAGAGACAGGUGACAGACAGUGAGGUGAAAGCAGGGACCCUGCAGCUGACAGUGGAACGGCUGAGUGGGGCCCUGGUCAAGGUGGAAGAGAGCGAGGGGGCCUUGCGGGACAAGGUGCAGGGCCUGACCGAAACCCUGGCCCAGAAUAGUGCCAGCCUUACCAGCACCCAGGACAAGAAUCUGCACCUGCAGAAGGCCCUCACCGCCUGCGAACAUGACCGCCAAGUGCUGCAAGAACGGCUGGAGGCCGCUCGGCAGGCGUUAUCCGAGGCACGGAAGCAGAGCGGCUCCCUGGGCGAGCAGGUGCAGACGAUGCAGGGCGAGCUGGCGGACCUGGAGCUGCAGCGGGCGGAGGCAGAGGGCCAGCUACAACAGCUUCAGGAGGUGCUGCGGCAGCGCCAGGACGGGGAGGCUGCGGCCCUGCACACGGUCCAGAAGCUGCGCGACGAGCGGCGGCUGCUGCAGGAGCGCCUGGACAGCCUGCAGGCCGAGCUCGCCCAGCUGGAGGCCGAGAAGCGGGAGGUGGAGCGGUCAGCGCUGCGGCUGGAGAAGGACCGGGCGGCCCUCCGGAGGAUGCUGGACAAGGUGGAGCGCGAGAAGCUUCGCAGCCACGAGGACACGGUGCGGCUGAAUGCCGAGAGGGGCCGCCUGGACCGCACGCUCACGGGGGCCGAGCUGGAGCUGGCUGAGGCCCAGAGGCAGAUCCAGCUGCUGGAGGCCCAGGUGCAGACAGAGCGCACGCUGGAGGCGCGGGAGCGGGCCCACCAGCAGCGGGUACACGGGCUGGAGGAGCAGGUACCCAGGCCCCUCCGCAGGAUGUGGAAACGUGGGGGGAGCAGCAGAGGGCUGGCCGCGACCCCCGUAGAAGCAGUCAGCGGCACCCGUGACUGAAAUGGUCCGGACACGGGCUCAAGUGAUGUCAUUGGAACUCCAUCCUCGUGGCUGUCCGCUGGGUGGCACAGAUGACCCGAGCAGCCCCAGCCUAGGUUAUCCCAGCAACCCACCAUCCUAGAGGAACGGGGGCCUUUUUUUCCUGAGAGCAAUAGCAGAAGUCCCAGGGAUGAUCCUUACUGGCCAGCUUGGAUCCCAGAUCCCUGACCUGACCUGUGCAUGGGUAGGCCAGGCCUGGGUCAUGGGUCCCCCCAGUCGGGCUAGCGCCAGGCCUACUUAAAUAAUGAGAGUGGGGACAGGUGGCCCCUGAAGAGAUGCCGAGGAGCGGUCAGAAGACAGCCAGCUGCCCUGUGAGACAGAAUGGGAGGGGAGAGAAGCAUCCUGGUGCUUCAUGAGACCCACUUUUUCCUGAAACAGGCAGGAUCAGGUCCCCUGUGGGGCCCCAGCUGCAGCGACCCCCAUUUCUCUGACAUCAGGCAGGGGGCCUGGGCCGGCCGGGCUGGCCUCACCUUCUCUUUCUUCUCCAGGUGUCCACACUGAAGGGACAGUUGCAACAGGAGCUUCGGAGGAGCUCAGCAUCCUUGUCCCCCAUGUCUGGCCCCUCAGGGGAAUGAGCCCCUUCCUGGUGGGCAUCCUGGAGAGCAGCAUCAGCCAUCUGUCCACGCGGUCUGCCCUGGCCCUGGCCUGUCCGGGCCGCCAGAACUCGGCUGGGGGUGGGGAGGAGCCAGGUGGCAGCACCGAGGGCUGAGGGCCGGAGACUCCAGCAGCAGCUUCUUGGCAUCAUCCGUGGGUCCCACCUCGGUCUGGUCCCUCCCCUGGGAUGAGCCUCCAGGUCCCAUGAGAGCCUCCCUGAGUGGCUGAGCCGAAGCCGGGGGUCACAGAGGCCCCCUUGCCUCUGGCUGGCCCUGGAGCAUGGACUCAGGAAAGAGGAGGGGAGCCUAGGAGUCAGAGACCCAGGCCUUCCCCCAGCUUUCCAGAGCUCUCUUUGCCUUAGUUUAGAGUGUGUGUCAGGAAAUUCCUCAGAGUUCAGAGUCCCUGUAUUUUUAUACCUUUUUCAGUGUUAACGGUUCAGAACUGUUUUUUGUAGCAAGGAGACCUCAUUUUCUAAAAACGGUUUGUACAGACGCGUCUCUUCACUUCUGCACCUGAGAGAUGGUGGGGGGAGACACUGGGGCCUGAGCCGGGAGGGAUGAGGCCCCUG